AUGUUGAUUCCAAAUGUGUUCUCAAAAACUAUCGCGGAUGUCUGGGAAAAAGUUACGGACCCUCAAAUCACAUUCGCCUCUCUUUUCUCACGGCGAACGGUCGGUCCUUCAUUGCUCUCUCUUCAUCUUCCCGUCUUCCCUAUGGCGCCUACCAAAAGAUUGAAGCUUUCGCCUUCUAUCGCUCCUAUCCGGGCUCGAUACUCAGCUAAGGACCAAAUCGCCGAUGUCCUUAAACAACUCGCCGCUACUAACAAGACUGUUGCCAAUUUGGUCACUUCGGUUGCUGCCAUUGCUCAUUCUCUCGCAGUUCUUCAAACCUCUCUGGCGUCUCAUGGCUCUUCUGCCCCUGGUCCGCGUCCUCCUUCCAACGCCAACGCUCCUUCUACCUCCGGUUCCUAUGCUGCUGCCGCUUCCACUUCUGGCUCAUCUACGACUUCACCUCUUGUCCUUGGUUCUUUGGUUGGUCCGCUGUCGUCUUCCGUUGGUCCGUUAGCGUCUUCCGUUGGCCAGCCGUCGGUCCAAACGUGUUCCACAAGCGUUUGGACUCGUCCGAAUCCUAAUCGAGAUGUCCAUGCUCUAGCUCAAGAGCCGCCGUCGUUGCCGCGUUUGAAUUUUGUUUCUGACAAUUCCAGUUUUUCUGAACUUGCUGCUUUACCUGAUGAAGCCUUAUAUUCUAUGAUUAACCGACUUUCCAUGACUGAAACUUACGUGUCUAAAUCUUUCUCAGCUGUUUUAGAGAAAUUGGAAGAUUCUGGUGAUUCGAGCCAAGAUCCUAAGGAUCUUCAACUUAUUAACUCUAUUUGCUCUCAAAUCGGCCUGCCUCUUCCAGUUUCUGUUCACAGACAUGAUUGCAAAUCUCUCCCCCGUCCGUUAAAAAUCAAGUUUUGUUCUACUGAUAAUCGUAACCAGUUUAUUUUCAAAUGCCGUCGUGCCAUUUUCGCCAUUUAUCAAAACCAACCUGCUCCUUAUUUUCGUGUUCGCCGUGACUUGACUCUACCUGAACUUGUGCUUCUCAGACGUGUCCGACAUCGUGUAUAUUUAUUGAAUCUUGAAAAACCGAACUCUUUUUAUGUUCGUGAUUUGUCCAUUGCAAGAAAAAGUUUCUAUUCUGGCUCCAGAACUCGGUCUCCUCCUAACUCUAAUCCUGUCAAUGCUAAUGCUAAUUGUAUUUCUGUCAAUCAUACUAAUUAUUCAGUUAACAAUAUAACUCCUGUAAAUUCUCUUCCUAUUUCUGUGAAUAAUUCUCCUCCUUCUGCUUUUGACACUUACAUGGCGUCUCCAACUCCUCAUGUUUGA